GAAAAUUCCAUUUCCAUGGCGGGGAGCGGGAGGAUGACGAGAAUGUGAGGAAGAAAGAGAAGACAGAAUAGGGCCCCAGCAAUCAACGAAUUCCAUGGCUGACAUCUUCCUCUUCCCCCUCAACUUACUGAAUCUAAAGAAGAAGCCAAAAGAAUGGAGUAGCAGUCACAAUAUGAGGAAUAACAGCGGCCAGUGGUUAGUCAGCAGGAGAGCAAGAAUCUCAACUGUCAGGUCUUCAGAUGAGAAGGAUGGCAAAGACACCGACUCCCCUGCCUUCAAUCCUUUCGGGUUCGUCACGGAUAAUCCGUCGAGCAGAAGCGCCAUUCAGCUUCCCGAGAACCCCGCCGAAGACGGCAAUGUCGGUCAAAUGCUCUACAGGAUAGAAGACAAGGGGAAGGAGUAUGGCUCCUAUAAGAAAUCUGGCAAGUUCAGAUGGUUUGUAAGAGAAACAGGAUCACCCAAAAGCCGCCGUGGAACAGUAGUCUUCAUUCAUGGUGCUCCAACACAGUCUUACAGUUACCGAGUAGUCAUGUCCCAGUUGUCUGAUGCUGGGUUCCACUGUUUCGCUCCUGACUGGAUAGGAUUUGGCUUCAGUGACAAACCACAGCCUGGAUAUGGCUUUAACUACACAGAAAAGGAGUUCCAUGAAGAACUUGACAGGUUGCUUGAAGUUCUCGGUAUCAAGUCUCCUUUCUUCCUAGUUGUUCAGGGCUUUCUCGUAGGUUCUUAUGGAUUAACUUGGGCUUUGAAAAACCCGAGCAGUAUAUCUAAGCUUGCUAUUUUGAAUAGUCCAUUGACUGUCUCAUCCCCCACACCUGGAUUGUUCCAAAAGCUAAGGAUUCCACUCUAUGGUGAGUUCACGUGCCAGAAUGCUGUGAUGGCCGAGCGAUUCAUUGAAGCAGGUAGCCCUUAUGUGCUGAAGCUGGAGAAGGCCGAUGUCUAUAGGUUACCUUAUCUAUCAAGCGGGGGACCUGGAUUUGCCCUGCUUGAAGCUGCGAGGAAAGCUAACUUCAAUCAAAUUUUAAGCCAAAUAUCCACUGGCUUUGCUUCUGGAAGCUGGGACAAGCCCAUAUUGCUUGCUUGGGGCAUUUCGGACAAGUAUUUGCCUCAGUCCAUUGCAGAGGAAUUUCAGAAAGGGAACCCCUCCAAUAUCAAGCUUAAGUUGAUUGAAGGAGCCGGUCACAUGCCCCAAGAGGACUGGCCUGAGAAAGUUGUGGACGCCUUGCGAAUGUUCUUCUAAAUCCAAUCUCUCCGGGGAAUGAGAAUUGCCUUAAAUACUAUUGACUUAAGGAGGUAAGAAAGAUUUCUGAGUACUUGGUGAAAAAGAAGCAAGGGAAUGCUUGACAUCAUCAACUAUACAGAUGCAGAUGGUCUUCGAGGCAGCAUUUUCUGAUCUGAAAACCUCUGGGAGAUCAGCUCCAACUGUAAACUUCGUGAUCCUGUAUCAUUGAAAAUUCAAAAGAUUCCAAUCAGCUGUGUUGUGAUCAGAGAGAUGUACAGUGAGGAUUCAGAGGACAGAUUGCAAGGAAAUGUGACGUGAAAAUAGUCAAUUUGUCUUUCUCUGAUGACUUGUAUUUGUUAUAUGAGAGUCUCACAAGACUCAGUUUGAUUCUUCAAUCCAAAUAUGCUUUCUGCAA